CUCUCCCCACAACUAAACAAUUUGAAUCAAUUCCCUCUAUUUGCCUCCCUCUCCCUCGCCGGCCUCUCGCUGGAAUCUGGCCAUGGCAAUUACAAAAGCCAUGGCGACGUCGUUAGCGGGCAAUUUGAAAAGGGUCGUCGGAAUGCCGCUAGUUGCUGUCCUCUUCUCCUUCAUUUUCUUCUUCACGAUUCCCAGCUGUGUUUCCCAACUCACAAGGCUGGAACACCAAGUGAAGGACGAUGGUUCGCUCAGCCUUUUGGUUGUUGGGGAUUGGGGCAGGCGUGGCCAUUUCAACCAGACCAUCGUUGCUUCCCAGAUGGGAAGAAUUGGGAAGGAAUUAGAUAUAGACUUCGUGAUUUCAACGGGUGACAAUUUUUACGAUGAUGGGCUUAAAGGCCCACACGAUCCAGCUUUUGAAGAGUCUUUCACAGAAGUUUACACUGCAAAUAGCCUCCAGAAGCCAUGGUAUACAGUUCUGGGGAAUCAUGACUACAGAGGUGACGCGGUUGCACAAUUGGAUCCAUUUCUUAGGAAAGUUGACAGCAGAUGGCUCUGCCUCAGAUCUUUCAUGCUCGAUACAGAAAUUGCAACGUUCUUUUUUGUGGACACGACCCCGUUCGUGGACAAGUAUUACACCGAGAAAUCCCACACUUACGACUGGCGAGAUGUCUCGCCACGCAGAGCCUACCUUGCCAACCUUCUCAAGGAUUUGGAGAAUGCACUAAGAGAGAGCAGCUCGAGAUGGAAGAUCGUGGUUGGCCACCAUGCAAUCAGAAGCGCCGGAACCCACGGCGACACCGAAGAGCUCAUACAACAUCUCCUUCCCAUUCUAAAGGCCAACGAUGUAGAUCUGUAUGUAAAUGGUCAUGACCAUUGCCUGGAGCACAUCAGCAGCCAUGAUAGCCCGAUUCAGUAUCUGACGAGCGGAGCGGGCUCGAAAGCAUGGAGGGGUGACACUAAGAAGUACGAUGAACGUGUGAUGAAGUUCUUCUAUGAUGGUCAAGGAUUCAUGUCCAUGCAACUCACAAGCACCAAUGUUGAGGUUCUGUUCCAUGAUGUUCUUGGUGAAGUUCUGCAUCGGUGGAAGGUCUCUAAGGACCUUCACUCCUCUAUAUGAUCGAGGAAUGAGGAUUCUUCUUCACACGUUUUUUUUUUCAAUUGAUUGCACAUAAUUCCAUUUUUGUUUCCAUGGAGGAAUUUUCCCCCGAUUCUUUCUCUUUUGGGGGAUUGAUUUUUUGUUGUGUAAAUAUGAUUAUUUUGUAAAUAUAUUUGUUUUCUUCCUUUCUUUAUUUACCAUCUUAUAAGUUAGAAGGUAAUAGUGUGUUGAGAUGUAUAUACAUAGAGUGCUCAUUGUAAAUCUCUCACAAUUUUCCCCCAAUUAUGAGGUACUUAUUGGUGUUAUAACUUUUUUUUCUCUUUCGACUGGCUUCUCUAGACUUGUGGAGUUGUGGUAAAUAGGUAUUGUUAUUAAUUGGGUGCUUCAGUUCCUUCUUUUUUCUUAUUUUCAUCGUAAAGAUUAUGUGAAUGAGGUCGUGACCGAGUGGUCGUGCCUGCUGGUUUUUAGGCUGGAGAUCUUUGGUUCAAAUCCCACCCUUCUAGUAGCACCAUGUAACAGGUCUCUGUACAAAAAUAAUACAAAUUAUUACAUAAUUGAGACUUACACCUCUAUUUUAAAUCACAUCAAUAUUGAACUGAUUAAGCAAACUCUCUUGACACACAACCUAGCUAGAAAUAUAGAAAAUACAAAUGACACAAUAGCCAAAGCCAGCCCAACUCUACAUGGAACGUUGAAGCCCAACUUGAACACCACAAACAGUCAAACACGACAGCAGCAAGCAUAAUAGUUGCGAUUUAUUUCAAUAUUUCCUCCCCUAAACUGAAACGUGUUAACAUUUCAGUUUAUCCUUCAAUCCAAGUUCUAUAACCCAGCUAUGCAAGUCCUUCAGCGACUAACUUUAGUUGUAGCAGCAGCUUAAGCAAUUUGCUGCAGCAGACGUCAAUCUUACUUCAUGAAUUGAACAUCAAACACAAGCUCCAAAAUCCUUUGUAGUCGAACUUAUCGACAAGCUACUCCUUCUUCCUUGAACCCAUAGCAUUAUUUCCAGCAUUACUCAUGCAGCCUAUUUCAAUCCUCUUCCAUAGAUCAGUUAGGUGAUGAACAAUUUUCUUGCCUCCUUUCUCAGCUUUCCAUUGAAGCUUGACAACCACAUUUUACACAUGAUAUGUAUAACUCUAGACAUCUUAUUUCCCACGACUUGAAUACCACUGAGACAUGUCUCUUUGCCAUCCCAGCUCUCACUAGAAUGUUGGGAAAAAACUUCUGAUGAAACAGACUGAAAAUUCAUCUUGCCUGAUUUUGGUGAUGAUGCAUAAUAUUUUGAUGCACUAGCUGCUCCUCUAGCAGUAAAAUUCUUUCUAAUUUUAUAAGCAUCACUUUGAUCUUUCGUUACAACCUUCAAUUUCUUGGUUUCCAGUUCACUCCUCAAUUGUGCUCGAUACUUGUGUUCCACUUGGAAAGCUGAAGGGCAUAAAUCUCCAUGUUGAAUCUCAUUAACAUGCUUCACCUCUGUCUUCUUUCCAGAACAAAUUCCAUAGUUUGGA